UCUCUUACAAUUUGCGGUUUUGUAUCGUUUUUAUAUAGCCAUUGACUGAUAGAGCAUAUGAGAAGGAAGCCGGCUGGAUAGCUUACUCAGUAAUAGACCAGAAUCGAAAGAGUCUUAUAUUUAAAAAAUGGCUACCCAAGAAUCGGACGCCCAGGAAAUUCAACAGCGAUUUACCUUUAAACAGCUGGCGAAAUACAAGAGGAUAUUCAACAUAUUUGACAUUAAGAAGGAUGGUGUAGUUAGUGUGAAGGAAAUGGCAGCAAUGGCUAAAAAAUUAGGUUAUAAUCUUGAUAAAACUAAAAUAGAGGCCAUAGUAAACAAAUUGGAUCGAGAAAAGAAAGGCACUCUCAACUUCCUGGACUUUCUUUGUGCAAUGCCUGGGAAUGUUGAUGAAAUUCCCAGCGAGGAGCAUAAACGAGCUGCUCUCAGAAUACACUUGAGAGAAUUUGAUAAAGAUGGCACGGGCUUUAUUGCUGAAGAUGAGGCGCGUGAGGUAUUGGACAAAGAGCUAGCAUUCCCAGCAUACAAACUUGCCGCCUACAUGAAGUUUUUCAUCAAAAAUAAAGACGGGAAGAUCAACAUCAACGAAUUCUCAGAAUUUUAUCAACAAGUCGAAGAAAAAAAAGGCGAACUUGAGAGAAUCUUCAAAGAGUUUGAUACCAACGGUGAUGGGUUCGUCGAUAUUCAAGAAGCUCAAGUGGCAAUGAGGCCGUUUGAUGUCCCGGAUGAGGAGACGGAGAGGUUGGUGCUGGAGAGCGACAAAGAUGGCGACCAGAAGCUCAACUGGACAGAGUUCGUGAACUUUUGGGGGACAGAUUAAUGAGGAAUCUGAUAAUAUUGUGGACUGAAUCUUCAAUUAUAUAUCAGUGUUAGGACAUAUUGAAAGAAAAGAAUCAUUGUUAUUUAAUUUGUUUUUUAAGAAAAAAACGAUGUUUUGAUUUCACUUUGCUGUUACUUAAUUAUCGAAUAAAGAAACUUUUUAGAUCGUAAAACAUUUCGAUACGGUCUUUGUGUAUUCUGUUUUGAGUAUUGAGGAUUUAUCGCAAUCACCAUUUUAAACUUUGGAUUUUAACAAGUUGAGUCUAAUUACCAGAGAAUAAAUAAAUGAUGAACAUAUAAAAGCG